UUCCAUUUUUUUCUCUUUAAGCAUAGGAUUUGUCGAUACAAAGGGUUUAAGCGUUCAAAGCUCUAAAUCUCACACCGCAAUCCUCACUCCUUUGGUUUCCCAUAUCGCUGAGUCGAAGCGGCAGCUCCGUCGUUGGCCCGCCGCCUCCACCUUGCGCCGCCGCGCUUCGGUGACGACGGAAACACUCAGAAUUGUUCCUCCGCGGAAUAUUCCCCGUUUCCCCGUUUUGGAAUAAUCCCCUUCGCUUCUCGUUGCUUUCGCUUUGUUCAAGGUUGGGAGGAGAAAAUGAAGCAAGUAGUAGGAAUGGUUGUUUCCAAUAAGAUGCAGAAAUCAGUUGUCGUGGCAGUGGACAGACUAUUUUACCAUAAAGUGUAUGACCGUUAUGUCAAGCGCACCUCUAAAUUCAUGGCUCACGAUGAGAACAACCUCUGUAACAUUGGUGACCGAGUUCGACUGGAUCCUUCUAGGCCUUUGAGCAAGAAUAAACAUUGGGUUGUUGCUGAAAUUCUUAAGAAGGCACGGAUAUAUGUUCCACCCUCCACCCCGGUAUCUGAUAAUAUGAAAUCUAGAUCUGAAGCAGCACCUACUUCAUAAAUUGUCUCAAGGUCUCAAUGUAUGAACUUAAUUCUCCUUUUGAAUGCAUCCCAUCUGGAGUGUUUGUUGUUAAACUAUUUAUAUUAUUCCCCAUACUUGUGGAAAAGGUUACACUGUUAUGGACAUGUUUUUUGUUUUUGGCAUUACAUGUUUCUACAGGUUUCCUGUUUCCUUGUCGCCCUUCUUUGGAGUACUAUUCUUCCUAACUCAUUUGUUGUUCAUUAGUUUUUCAUAAUAAGCCUCUGAUUCCAACCA